AAUCGGGCGCUAUAUAUACGAAAACUGUUCGGACAUUCCGAGAGAUCGUGUUAUUUAUUUAAUGAUUCGUGCACGAGAUCACGUUUGAGUUAUCGCAGGUUCAUCGCAGGGCCGCGCUGGAAUGCACCGGAAAACACGCAUUCCCUCUUCAAGAGAGCGUGCUAGACAAAUCGUGAGAAAAGGUUGGGACGUAAACACAGGCGAAUCCCCACCGCCUGAAUCAGUCGAUUUAUCAAUUGAUCUAUUUAGGAAGUUCCACACACACACACACACACACGUGCGGCAUAGACGAAGUCACACGCGUGUGACCCGAUGUGGCCCAUGGUCGCGCGAUAGGUAAUCACCGUUUGAUCGCCGGCAGAUUAGCGUCGUAUAAAAGAAAUCACUCAGUCGGCCGGUGUCCCAAAGUCCUCGCGUGUGCGGACAGCAUGACGGCGUUCUUCAUCAUUUACGCGCUACUUCUGACCGGGCGCCUCGUCCGCGGUGUUACGGAGAACGUCGUAACAGUGUCGGGCGACUCGGUGAGACUCGGGCUGGAAUCGGUCCGGGAGGCGACGGGAUGCGUCCUCGAGAGCAACCGGGGCGAAGUGUUGGAAUACACGCCCGGCGAUCGCGAAAUUAGAGGGGACAUCGACCGUAUCGAUUACUCUGGGAGCAACGGGACGUGCUCGGUCAGCAUCCGAGGAGCUAAUAGCACUCACGCGGGUGUGUGGCGAGUGACGGCGUACACCGGGGCGGCGCGGGAGCAGCGCGGCGGAAAGAAGACUGAUAGCCGCGAUGACAAUGGCGCCGCGCGAGCAUUCAAUCUGUACGUUCAGGAGCCGGUCGAUUUACCGUUCAAGCACGUAAGGGUGUGCGACGGACACUACGUUGAUGUCAAGCACGUCAACAACUAUGAGAGUGUCACAGCGUGCAACUUAACGGGACCCAUGGGGCAGUCGGUGGAUCUGCUGGCGGAGACGCGGGGCGACUUUCAACUUUUCGGUCAAUGCGGCGUUCAUAUGAAAGUGCACGUCAACUCGAGCGGCCUCUGGAAGCUCGUUGCGGCCGACAACGAUUUCGCGCUUUACAUCGCGAACUUCAACGUCGACGUGUACAAGCUGGAAGAGGUGGAACAGCCGGGCUCGGCCAAUAUGUCGGUCCUGCAGUGGAUUCGCGGCAACGCGGGCGUGAUCAGACUCCCGGUCAGGCCGAAAAUUUGCCAAAUAGUGGAUCCCAACGGCGCGAUCGUGGCGAUGACGCGCGGCGUGUGUUACCACAACGUGAAAGUCGCCAGCGUCCUGCACGAGGGUGUGUGGCUCGCACGUUACAAUAUCAAUGGGAUGCUGGAGCCUGUCGAGCAGCGAUUCAGAGUCGUGACCGUCGAUCGGAUAACUCUCAAUGCCAGCGUCGAUUACACGGAGAACGCUGGUGUCAGAUUGCUCUGUCGACUGAAAUCGUGGAGAGCAAUUUCUUUGCAAACGUGUAACUUUGUUCGGCCCGACAGCAGGACGAUCUACAUAACGCCCGUAGUCGCCAACGAAAGAUACUCCGCCUACAUUAGCCCGGCGUAUGGAUACGCGAGCAAGGUUUUGGAAUGCGGAAUAACAAUCCGGGAGCUCGCGAGCGUCGAUUAUGGCGCAUGGCGAUGCGACCUUGGCGCCGGCUAUUCUCCCGAUAUGUAUGGAUCUGUGCUUCGGGUUGGCCAUCCUGAUUCUCACGACGGUCACACCGGCGCUAAUGGCAGAGCGGUCGAAACCAGGGCGGACGAUGUGCACGUGAAGCGCGGUGACCCGUUCACGAUAAAGUGCACCGUCGAUUUCGCGCUCAAGUAUUGCUGGCUGCGCAGUCCGAACGGCACGGCAUACUCCGUCACGCAAGGCGAGGAUGUCCAGUACGCUCUUCGUUACAAAGGCGACGGCCUCUCGUACGGCGAGUGCGGAGCGCAAAUUUCGGCAGCCGUCGACUCCGAUGACGGGCAAUGGAGUUGCUUCAUGGGCGUGGUGGACGGCGGCGAGGAAAACGCGACGGUGUCGGUGACGGUGACAGAAAGCUACCUCGCGGCCGAGCAGACGGAAAUAGCCGUCAGCCCUCGGAACGAUCCAGUUCUGUCUUGCCACAUCCUUCCGCGCAUGCUGGACAGAACAGUUCAUUACUGCCGGUGGAUCCGCCCCGACGGAUAUGGAAUUUACAAUGACAUAAGCCAUCGAUAUACGGCCAGCAGCAGCUACUCCCAGUGCAGAUUAGUCAUCCUGAACUACAGCCCGAAAGAAGACGAGGGUCGUUGGACGUGCGUGGCCGGUCUCGCGGGAAGCAACGGUCAGCUGGAGGAGGCAUCGGCGCACGUCAGGAUAUUGCCAAGCGUCAUCAAACCGAAGAAGCUCCCAGUUUUUAUGAUUGUCAUCUUGAGCGCCACAAUGUUGAUAAUGGCGACACUGAUCGUCGCCUUCAUCACGAUCCACAAGAUAAUGUUGAGGAAGAGAUCGUCGAUAUCCAAGGUUCCGCCGGAGUACACACCCUCGAAUUUGUUCCAGUCCGAUUUCGUCAUACAGGGCGGGAAACAAUGCGUGCACUGAUGACUGAGGACGAAUCCAUUAGUCGUAGGCGACUCUUAUCGCGAAGUGUCGAUUGCGCGAUAGGGCCGCAGAGGACAGAGAGAGACGAUGACUAAUUUGCGAGGAGCCCGCCGGUGCUUAGAGAGGGUGGGUGAUUUACGACCGGUCGGUUUACAGGUUGCUAAUUUUUACGCACGCAAUGUGACGCGCGUGACGUUUCUGGUGAUCCCUAACGUCGUUUCCGUUGUUCACAAUUCAAUGUAUCAACACAUCUGCAAAUGUAUUUGGUAGAGCAUCAAAACUGACAGGGAUAUGGUAUAUCGGAGCUUAAUUUCUAGAAACGUCAAUCUUCAAGCGUUUAAAAAAGAUUAUUUGCAAGGAAAUAUAUAUUAAUUUUCGUAAGACUAGAUUACUCUUUCUUUCUCACAUAUUUUAAUAGAGAAAUGUUGCUGGUUUGUAUC